UUAUUAAUCAAAUCUAAAAUGUCCACUUAUUACUUUGUAAUUGUUGGCCACAACGACAAUCCCAUCUUCGAGAAGGAGUUUAGCACCGUAAACAAAGAGCAGCGCAAGGAGGAUCAUCGGCAUCUUAGUCAGUUUAUAGCACAUGCAGCGCUAGAUUUGGUCGACGAGCAUAAAUGGAAAACGGCGAAUAUGCAGCUAAAGUCAAUCGAUCGAUUUAAUCAGUGGUUUGUGAGCGCUUUCAUCACCGCCUCCCAGAUACGCUUCAUCAUAGUGCACGACAACAAAAACGACGAAGGCAUUAAGAAUUUCUUCCAUGAGAUUUACGACACUUACAUCAAGCAUUCCAUGAACGCAUUCUACAAAAUCGACACGCCCAUCAAAUCGCCCAUGUUUGAGAAGAAAUCGGAGAUAUUCGGGCGCAAAUAUUUGUUAUCCUAAUUAUUAUACCUAAAUUUGAUUUUAAUUUAUUUAGUAGAAACCUGUCUAAAAUA